UGAAACGUCAAUUUAUGUUUUUGCUUUUCUAUCUGUGUACAGUUUUGAGUUUAUUAGUCAUUCAUGUCAAAGGGAUUAUGUCUAUCGAGGACUACAUUCCAAUAAUUUUUAUUAUAUUUUGAUAGUAAAAAGGCAUUUUUGCAAUGAAAUGGAGGGACCGAAUACAAGAGAAAUCAUUAGUUGUGCAUGUUGUCUGAACGAUAUCGGAGAUGAAGAUUACGUAUCGGCACUCGGCCAGGAGUGGCACAGAGACUGUUUUCGAUGCUCAGAAUGUGACGCCCAGUUGACGACAUGGUACUUCGAGAAGAGCGGAAUGCUGUUCUGCCAGGCGGAUUAUUGGUCGAGAUACGGAGACAAUUGUCAACAAUGCAGCCAGGUGAUAACCGGACCGGUGAUGGCGGCGGGCGAGCACCGCUUCCACCCAGAAUGUUUCGCAUGCGCUUCCUGCGGGGCUCAUCUCGAGGACACGGAACCCUACGCGCUACUCGACCGUUCCGAACUCUACUGCGGCGCGUGCUACGCGGAGUGGCUGCGGCGCGGGCGGCACGACGCGCACACCAUCCGCGUGCUGCGCGCGCCCGCGCACGCGCUGCGCCUCGCGCCCGACGCCUGCGGGGCCUUCCUCGUUGCGCACUCGCGGUGCGCGGACAAGGUGCGCGCCGCGGCGCGUGCGUUGCUGCGUGCGGCGCUGCGCGUGUGCCUGCACCUCGCCUGUCGUAGGAUCGAUUCAAGCUGCAACAUGUUGACUCUACACAUCGGGGACAAAGUUUUGGAGGUGAAUGGAACGCCGCUGCGGAACAGACCUUUAUCUGAAAUUGAAAGGGUUCUAGCCAGGCCUGAAAUUAUACAGCUGACGAUCGAGCACAAUCCAGACACAAUAAAUGCCAAACGCGGCUCCAUAGACGUCAAAAAACAAUCAGAAGAACUUAAGUUAACGCACGAAAAAAAAACGCCUGUCGAAAAGAAUAUAUUUAAAGAAGACUUAAAGAAAAACAUUCCCAAUAAGCAUUCCAAUGACGAAAAGAGUAAAGAAGAGAUCAGAGUGCGGAGAGAGAGAUUAUUUAAAAGGAAGGGAGAGGAUGGCGGUAAAGUUAGAGUGAUAAAGAAGAGACAGGUCCCGUCCUCUCCGCUACUAGGAGAUAAGGAGAGAAGCAGUAGUAUGUCGAAAUUGUUGGAUGUCAACGUGGAGGGCGACGAGGUGGACGGCGUGCUGGGAGACCUCAGCCGAGCACGUUCGUUCCGCACGCAGGCCGCGCCCGGACAGGUCUUCCGCGCCUCCGACCUGCUGCAGGGCGAGCUCCUCGGUAUGGGGUUCUUCGGGCAAGUGUACAAGGUGACGCACCGCGCCACCGGCGAGGUGAUGGUGCUGAAGCAGCUAUACCGGGUGGACGAGGAGGCGCAGCGGAACUUCCUCAAGGAGGUGGCCGUGCUGCGCUCGCUGCGGCACCGCAACGUGCUGCGCUUCGUGGGCGUGCUGUACCGCGACCGGCGCCUGCACCUGGUGACGGAGUACGUGGCGGGCGGCACGCUGCACGCGCUGCUGCAGGACGGCGCGCGCGCGCUGAGCUGGGGCGCGCGCGGCCGCCUGGCGCGCGACGUGGCGGCCGGCGUGGGCUACCUGCACCGCCGGAACGUCAUCCACCGCGACCUCAACUCGCACAACUGCCUCGUCCGCCCGGGGGAGGAGCUGACAGUGGUGGUGGCGGACUUCGGGCUGGCGCGGAUCGUGCAGCGCACCGCGAGCAGCGCCCUGCCGAAUGCGUCCCUUCGCCGCAAGCGGUACACGGUGGUCGGCAACCCGUACUGGAUGGCUCCGGAGAUGAUGAACGGUAACGUUUACGAUGAGAAAGUCGAUGUCUUCUCCUUCGGCAUCAUACUGUGUGAGAUCAUAGGUCGAGUGUCGGCGGAUCCGGACUUCCUUCCGCGACGUGGGGACUUCGGCCUAAACGAGCGUGCCUUCCAGGAGGCCUUUUGCGCCGCCUGCCCGGAGCCCUUCUACCGUCUCGCCUUCCUCGCCUGCCAUCUUGACCCUGACGCCAGACCACCAUUUGAAGUAAUCGAGAUAUGGCUGGAGUCCCUAGUGAUGCACCUGCAGCGGCCGAGCCCGCUGCCGCCCACCCUGCUGGCCGACAUCCUGCAGUACGCGCACGGCGCCAACGAGCACGGCCACACCACGCCGGAGUGCUGCCAGCAAGAGGACAACGGCAUCUUCUAUGUCAACGAGGAGCAGUGUGGCCACUGCGGCGGCCUCCGGCGCAACACGAGCAAAGCUAGCGGCGACUGGUCGCAGGGAGUCAUCAAGUCGGCGUCGCACGCGGCGCUGGCGCGCGCGGGCGGGCAGGCGCUGGGCAAGUGCGUGUCGGCGAGCCACCUGCCGCCCGCGCGCGCGCCCGCCCCGCGCCUGUCGCGCAGCGCGCACGCGCUGGCGCCCGGGUACAUCCUGCGCGCGCACGGGACCUCCAUCAACAUCACCAAGGUGGACGACAUCUCGGAGUGGCUGGAGCCCCCGCCGCCGCUGAAGCGCAGCAGUCCCGACGGUCAUCUCAACGACCUGCUGGGCGACAAUAAGACCAGAAAAUUGCACGAGGACGGUCAUCUGCCGUGCUUCCUCCGCAAUCAAUCCGUCGAAGGUCUCGAGACGUCGUCCAAGCACGAGGUCGACUCCGCCUUUCCGUUCUGCCGGCAUCAGAGCAUACCCGGUCACUGUGAAGAUCGAGAUGACUCCGAUUCAUCCGAAGACGAUUUCUUCGUCGACUCGACGGAAUCUAAGAUAAACCUCGCUGAUAUCGUCAAAAAAGGAGGAAACUUUCUGUCAAAAAAGGCCAGCUACGAUGUUACAGAUGUCACGUUGAGACACGAAGGAGAAAGGAAUAUCGACCGAGACGAUUGCCGGAGGUUCAACAUAGACUACUUGACGAACUCGCCGGUCAUGAUGAAAGCUGUCGAAAAUAUUUCAAAAGCUUCAGAUGUACCCAAACCCGUCGAAAAGACGACAUUCUUUGCAAAGAAAAUAUUGUCCCCCAAACUUAGUAGGUUGUUCAAACCAAAUACAGCCGAAGUGGUCAGGAAGCAGGAGUGCGAUGAAUCUAAAGAUGAGAGGUCCAGGAGUAAAUUUUUCAUUCAGCGACCGAUUUCUCCUAGUAUAGGGAGGACGAACCACAGGGUCCGACCUGCAGAGGAGGAAAAGAAUCCAAAUCUGAGCCAAGAAGUCUUAAAGAGUGAUCUGAAGUUGGCCAGUUUGGGCAAACCUAUGACGCCAAUAUUUCGACGUCAUUUGCAGUCUGAAAGACAAGACUUUACCGGUAGGUUCAGCUAUCGAGACCGCAGAUACGAACCAAAAACGCAAGAUAAAUAUAAUGAAACCGGUCGAAGUAGGCUUAAAGCAAAUCCGGUUGAAAAAAAAUUGACUCAAUUAAACCGUAACGCUCAAAACAACGUGCCGCUGCUGGCCCCCGUGAUUGAAAAAGAUAAGUUAAGUAUUGAAAAAGAUAAAGAUAAAAUUGUUCCGAAACGUCGCGAGAUCGGGAUAUCUCGUAGUAACUACGUUAAGUUAGCUAAUUUAAGGAUUAGCAAGGAACUAGGGCAGGUGGUUAAAGAGUAGUCUAAGGAUACAGGCGAUAUUUCGCCUUUCGAAAGAAUUAUUUAGUAAAUAGUUUUAUUUAGAACGAAACAUAUUGCAAUGUGGCGUGAAUCGAAUGGGUGGAAUGCAAGAGCUUAAUAAAAUAUAAAUGAAAAGAAAAGUUUGAUAUUGAUGUUGACUAAAAUAUGAAAGCAAUAAUUACUUUGAUGUAAUUUCGUUCGAAAUCCGUCUCUUGCACGAAUGAAGCUUUAUUGCAAUGUGUAUCGGUUUCGGUGCUAUUCCGGUGGCUAACUUGAUGUUAUUCAAUAAUAUAUUCUUUAUCCAUAAUCCCAGUUUUAUCUAUUAAUUGAUAAUCUCUUAAUAAUGUCCAUCUUGCCUCUGAACUAUUAACACAUUACAACAACCUUAAGUUGAUCACCGGUAAUCGUAGCAUUAAAAUUAACGAUGGAGUCCUAUACAUGCAUUUUAAAUUUCGAUAAAAUAUUAACAACGCAAAACAUAGCUAUCUAAUUGUAAGGAAACUAUUUCAUUUAAAGAAAAACUAUGUUAUAAGGGAGCGUUAGAAUAUAAUAUUUGAAAUAUUCAUGUAUAGACUCGAUCAUUACGUAAAAUCUUGCCAAUUUGUAUAAACACUAGAUAUACAAACGUUGAAUUGUUGUACUUAUACAAUUGCUUCGGUUCGCUCGUUAACCAAAAACAUGCCGAGCCACUUUGUUAAAAAUUUAGUGAAAUUAGCGCUUCUAUACCGUGUAACCGGCUUUAGACUAAUCUAAAUAAUUAUCAUCUCGAAUCCGCCAUCUUUGAUUUUGUAAUUUCAAAUCACGUAUUUAAUAGUAACUUCAAUUUUAUACAAAAUUAUUAUAUCGUGCUUAAUAUUUUAUAUUAUUUAUACAAAAAUACCGAUGCCAAAAUAGAAUAAUUAAUUGAAUCUCAUAUUAAAUAUUUUCUCGCAUUUCGUAGUACUAUAGAUUUAGAGAAGUAUCGUAGUUAUGUAUUCGGACAUUAUUUACCAUUGUUUUCAUAAAGUUUCAAAAUACUUUACCAUUUUCAUAUACGAUUUUUUGUAGUCAAAAAUGUAGUAUAAUAUACUAAAAUGAGUUAAGAUACUCAGCGUGAAUAAAAAUAUAAACAAAAGGUUAUAAGUCACAAUGAUGACAGUGGUACGAUAUAAUGGAAUGUGUUCGUAUUAGUUGUGCAAAAUGAUAAAAAUAUUUUCAUACUCAGCUAAUUCAGUCCAUAAGUCGAUCGCUAGAAGUUUGAACUGUAAUUCCUCAAUAUUAUAUUUAGCGCCAGAUAUGUAAGAACAUACGAUCUUGCGGAGUUUAUUUUGUAUUCGAUUCACUGUAAUUUGGAAUAAAUUAAAAAUGUUUUAGAAAUUUAGUGCAAAUCACGAGAGUUAAUUGUAGAUAGUAGUUUUGGGUCUGGUAAAUAUAUUUUUUAUUUAGAAUGUCCAUUACUUUAUAUCGCUGAAAGUAGUCCAGUUGUAACGGACGUGAUGGUAGUGCGUACCCACGUGUAGGCGGUGCCUUUCCACAAGACUGCGUACUGGUCUGCUUAUGUCAACUUUCUUAAUAACCAAACCAGGGUCGGAUCUAAAUUGAAGCCGUAAACCCAAGAACUGGGAACCUGUAACAUUUUUUUUAAUCAGCUUUUUUUUUAUUAAAUCAAAGUACUAGGACCUCGAGACUAGAGCCUAUGUUGCCGUUUCCGAAGUCCGACCUUGACCAGAUGCUUAAUGUCAGACUUACGUAUGUCUAAUUUGUGCUACAAUUGGUAUGUUUUUUUGUAGAGCAGAACUUGUUUAUUUAAUUUAAAUAUUACUAGUAAAUAAAAUUCUCUUAGAUAAUAUUUUGUACCGAUGAAGUUUCAAAGUAAAUGAUAUGAUUUUACAAACAUACAAAGUGUACUUAAAAUAAUAAAUAGCCUUUUAAACAAAAAAUUUCACACCAACUCAAAUGUUUUUACGUUGAUUUUGAUACCGACUUAGGGUAAAUUUUUAUACCUAUAUACAAUUGUUAUAUUAUGAUCCAAGUGGCUAUACAUAAGGUUUUUGUAAAAAUAAUAAUCAUUUAAAAAGUUUAAUAGUAUAGAUUUUAUACUACAAGACUACUUUCUAUAAACAAAUGUUUUAUAAAAAAUUCCUAAAAAAAUUGCAUUUAAGUAAAAUCGUGAAAUUCCGAACCAGAUUUGUUUGCUUAUUUGAGUGAGUUUAUGACAUCGUGGUGUCUUACGAAGUGAAAUAUUCAUAUAUUUCAAAAUAAUUUAUCAAUUGUUUUGUU